GCGGCGGUUGGCGCUAAGGUAGAGGAGGCGGCCAUUGGGCCCUAGGCAGCCAGGGAACUUGUAGGCGCUCCCUGCUGCGGUCUCUAAGGGAGGACCGCUGCCGGUGGCGGGUCGUAGGGCCUGACCGCUACUCCACCGUUGGCAGGAGCGGCUGUUUCGUUUACAGGUACUUGACCAUCAUAAGCACAGAGAAGAAAUUGAGAAGUUCCUCAAAUGAAACUGGCUAAACAAUACAUAAAACCAAAUACUUAUGCAUUUUCUUCUCAGUUUCCAUUAAAAGUGCUUAGUAUAUUUGGACACUGUAUGAAGAGUUUCAAAACAGUGUACCAGUCCUUCUCCAGCUUGCGCAGUUCCACACCCAGUGGAAAGCCAGAGUCCUCCACAAGGUUAUGUAGAAAUCUCAUUUUCUGCUGAUCAUCUCUGCUUCUGAACGUCUGCUUCUACCAUUGCUCUUUGUUUUCUCUUCUCUUUGACCCAGAAAAUUAAGUAAAACCAGGAUGGCCACAGGAGGAGGUCCUUUUGAAGAAGGUGUGAAUGAUCAGGAUUUACCAAACUGGAGCAAUGAGGGUGUUGAUGACCGACUCAACAAUAUGGAUUGGGGUGGCCAACAGAAGAAAGCAAAUAAAUCAUCAGAAAAGAAUAAGAAAAAGUUUGGUGUAGAAAGUGAUAAAAGGGUAACUAAUGAUAUUUCUCCGGAGUCCUCACCAGGAGUUGGAAGGCGAAGAACAAAGACUCCACAUUCGUUUCCACAUAGUAGAUAUGUGACUCAGAUGUCUGUUCCAGAGCAGGCCGAAUUAGAGAAACUUAAACAGCGCAUAAACUUCAGUGAUUUAGAUCAGAGAAGCAUUGGAAGUGAUUCUCAAGGUAGAGCAACAGCUGCUAACAACAAACGUCAGCUUAGUGAAAACCGAAAGCCCUUCAACUUUUUGCCUAUGCAGAUUAAUACGAACAAGAGCAAAGAUGCUGCUAUAAGUCCUCCAAAGAGAGAAAUGAUUGGAUCAGCACAAUGUAAAGAGUUGUUUGCCUCUGCUUUAAGUAAUGACCUUUUGCAAAACUGUCAAGUCUCUGAAGAAGAUGGAAGAGGAGAGCCUGCAAUGGAGAGCAGCCAGAUUGUAAGCAGGCUCGUUCAGAUUCGUGAUUAUAUUACUAAAGCUAGUUCCAUGCGAGAAGAUCUUGUAGAGAAAAAUGAAAGAUCUGCUAAUGUUGAGCGCCUUACUCAUCUAAUAGAUCACCUUAAAGAGCAAGAAAAGUCAUAUAUGAAAUUUCUCCAAAAAAUCCUUGCCAGAGAUCCUCAGCAGGAGCCUAUGGAAGAGAUAGAAAAUUUGAAGAAACAACAUGACUUAUUAAAAAGGAUGUUACAACAGCAGGAGCAACUGAGAGCUCUGCAGGGAAGACAGGCUGCUCUUCUUGCUCUGCAGCACAAAGCAGAGCAAGCUAUUGCUGUGAUGGAUGAUUCUGUUGUAACAGAAACUACAGGUAGCCUAUCUGGAGUUAGUAUCACCUCUGAACUAAAUGAAGAACUGAAUGAUUUAAUUCAGCGUUUUCAUAAUCAGCUUCGUGAUUCUCAGCCUCCAACUGUUCCAGACAAUAGAAGACAAGCGGAAAGUCUUUCAUUAACUAGGGAGGUUUCCCAGAGCAGGAAUCCUUCAGUUUCAGAACGCUUACCUGAUGAGAAAGUACAACUUUUUAGCAAAAUGAAAGUAUUACAGGAAAAGAAACAAAAAAUGGACAAACUGCUUGGAGAACUUCAUACACUUCGAGAUCAACAUCUGAACAAUUCAUCAUCCUCUCCACAAAGAAGUGUGGAUCAGAGAAGUACAACUUCAGCUCCCUCUGCUCCUAUAGGCUUAGCACCAGUUGUCAAUGGAGAAUCCAAUAGCUUCACGUCAUCUGUUCCUUAUCCUGCUGCUUCUCUAGUUUCUCAGAAUGAGAGUGAAAAUGAAGGACAUCUAAAUCCAACUGAAAAACUCCAGAAGUUAAAUGAAGUUCGAAAGAGAUUGAAUGAACUAAGAGAAUUGGUUCAUUAUUAUGAACAAACAUCAGAUAUGAUGACAGAUGCUGUAAAUGAAAACACAAAAGAUGAAGAAACUGAAGAGUCAGAGUAUGAGUCUGAACAUGAAAACUCUGAACCUGUUACUAACAUUCGAAAUCCACAAGUAGCUGCCACUUGGAAUGAAGUAAAUAGUAAUUCUAAUGCACAAUGUGUUUCUAAUAAUAGAGAGGGGAGAUCAGUUAAUUCUAAUUGUGAAAUUAACAACAGAUCUGCUGCCAACAUAAGGGCUCUGAACAUGCCUCCUUCUUUAGAUUGUCACUAUAAUAGAGAAGGAGAACAGGGGAUUCAUGGUGCACAAGGUGAAGAUGAUGAGGAAGAAGAGGAAGAAGCAGAAGAUGAGGGAAUCAGUGGCGCUUCAUUAACUAGUCAUAGGAGCAGUCUGGUUGAUGAGGCUCCCGAAGAUGCUGAAUUUGAACAGAAGAUUAAUAGACUUAUGGCUGCAAAACAGAAACUAAGACAGUUGCAAGAUCUUGUUGCUAUGGUACAGGAUGAUGAUGCAGCAGAUCAUGGAGUUAUCUCUACCAAUACUUCAAAUUUGGAUGAUUUCUACCCAGCAGAAGAUGACAACAAACAAAAUGCAAAUAAUACUAGAGGAAAUGCCAAUAAAACACAGAAAGAUGCUGGAAUAAAUGAGAAGGCAAGAGAGAAAUUUUAUGAGGCUAAACUACAGCAGCAACAGAGAGAACUCAAACAAUUGCAGGAAGAAAGAAAGAAACUGAUUGAGAUUCAAGAGAAAAUUCAAGCAUUGCAGAAGGCAUGUCCUGACUUACAGCUGUCAGCCACGAGUGCGGGUAAUUUUCCCACAAAAAAAUAUAUCCCAGCUGUUACUUCAACCCCAGCUGUUAAUGGAAAUGAAACCAGUACAAGCAAAUCUGGUUUUGAGCCUGAAGAUUCUUCAGUAGUAGAUAACGAGCUGUGGUCAGAAAUGCGAAGACAUGAGAUGUUACGGGAAGAGCUACGACAGAGGAGAAAGCAGCUUGAAGCGCUGAUGGCGGAACAUCAGAGGAGGCAGGGUCUAGCGGAAACUACGUCGCCCGUGGCCGUGUCGUUGAGAAGUGAUGGAUCUGAGAACCUGUGUACGCCUCAACAGAGUAGAACCGAAAAAACAAUGGCAACUUGGGGAGGUUCUACUCAGUGUGCACUGGAUGAAGAAGGAGAUGAAGAUGAUUACCUUUCUGAAGGAGUUGUUCGGACGGAUGAAGAGGAGGAAGAAGAAGAGCAAGAUGCCAGUUCCAAUGAUAACUUUUCUAUGUAUCCUCCUAACAGUGCGAAUCAUAACUCUUACAAUGUAAAAGAAACUAAGAAUAGGUGGAAGAACAAUCGGCCUUUUUCAGCAGAUGGAAAUUACCGUCCUUUAGCCAAGACAAGACAGCAGAAUAUCAGCAUGCAGCGUCAGGAGAACCUUCGUUGGGUGUCAGAACUCUCUUAUGUAGAGGAGAAAGAACAAUGGCAAGAACAAAUUAAUCAGCUAAAGAAACAACUUGAUUUCAGUGUCAACAUUUGUCAGACUUUGAUGCAAGACCAGCAGACGCUCUCUUGUCUGCUACAAACUCUUCUUACGGGUCCUUACAGUGUAAUGCCGAGCAAUGUUUCAUCUCCUCAAGUACACUUUAUAAUGCACCAGUUGAACCAGUGCUAUACUCAGCUAACAUGGCAACAGAAUAAUGUGCAAAGGUUGAAACAAAUGCUAAAUGAACUUAUGCGCCAGCAAAAUCAGCACCCAGAAAAACCUGGAAGCAAGGAAAGAGGCAGCAGUGCCUCACACCCUUCUUCUCCCAGUUUAUUUUGUCCUUUCAGCUUUCCAUCACAGCCUGUAAAUCUGUUUAACCUACCCGGGUUUACUAAUAUUUCAUCAUUUGCACCAGGUAUGAAUUUCAGCCCUUUAUUUCCUUCUAAUUUUGGAGAUUUUUCUCAGAAUAUUUCUACACCCACUGAACAGCAACCAUUAGCACAGAAUUCUUCAGGGAAAACAGAAUAUAUGGCUUUUCCAAAACCUUUUGAAAGCAGUUCUUCUAUUGGAGCAGAAAAACAAAGGAAUCAAAAACAGCCCGAAGAGGAGGUGGAAAACAGUAGGACACCGUGGUUAUAUGACCAAGAAGGUGACGUAGAAAAACCAUUUACCAAGACUGGAUUUCCAGUGUCUGUAGAGAAAACUACAAAUAGUAAUCGCAAAAAUCAAUUAGAUACUAGCCGGAGAAGACACCAGUUUGAUGAAGAGUCAUUAGAAAGCUUUAGCAGUAUGCCUGAUCCAGUGGAUCCAACAACAGUAACCAAAACAUUCAAGACAAGGAAAGCAUCUGCACAGGCCAGCCUGGCAUCUAAAGAUAAAACUCCUAAAUCAAAGAGUAAGAGAAGGCAUUCUACUCAGCUGAAAAGCAGAGUUAAAAAUAUUGGGUAUGAAAGUGCCAGUAUGUCUAGCACAUGUGAACCUUGCAAAAGUAGGAACAGACAUUCAGCCCAGACUGAAGAUCCUGUUCAAGCAAAAGUAUUCAGCAGAAAGAAUCAUGAGCAGCUGGAAAAAAUAAUAAAAUACAGUAGGUCUACAGAAAUAUCUUCAGAAACUGGGAGUGAUUUUUCCAUGUUCGAAGCUUUGCGGGAUACUAUUUAUUCUGAAGUAGCUACAUUAAUUUCUCAAAACGAAUCUCGUCCACAUUUUCUUAUUGAACUCUUCCAUGAACUUCAGCUACUUAAUACAGACUACUUGAGACAAAGGGCUUUAUAUGCAUUGCAGGACAUAGUAUCCAGACAUAUUUCCGAGAACCAUGAAAAAGAAGGAGAAAAUGUAAAGUCAGUGAAUUCUGGUACUUGGAUAGCAUCAAACUCAGAACUUACCCCCAGUGAAAGCCUUGCUACCACUGAUGAUGAAACUUUUGAGAAGAACUUUGAGAGAGAAACACUUAAAAUAAGUGAGCAAAAUGAUGCUGAUAAUGCUAGUGUCAUGUCUGUAUCUUCAAAUUUUGAGCCUUUUGCAACAGAUGAUCUAGGUAACACUGUGAUUCACUUAGAUCAGGCAUUAGCCAGAAUGAGGGAAUACGAGCGUAUGAAGACUGAGGCUGAAAGUAGCACAAAUAGAAGAUGCACCUGCAGGAUUCUUGAGGAUGGGGUUGGUGCUGCCGCCACGAGUACAGUUACUAACUCAGAAGAAACUCCUAUUGAAAAUCAUUGUUCACAACAACCUGUAAGCGAAGUUUCUACUGUCCCAUGUCCUAGAAUUGAUACUCAGCAGCUGGACCGGCAAAUUAAAGCCAUUAUGAAAGAAGUCAUUCCUUUUUUGAAGGAGCACAUGGAUGAAGUAUGCUCUUCUCAACUUCUAACUUCAGUAAGACGUAUGGUUUUGACUCUCACCCAGCAAAAUGAUGAGAGCAAAGAAUUUGUAAAGUUCUUUCAUAAACAAUUGGGAAGUAUAUUACAGGAUUCACUGGCAAAAUUUGCUGGCAGAAAACUGAAAGACUGUGGAGAAGAUCUUCUCGUAGAGAUAUCUGAAGUGUUGUUUAAUGAAUUGGCUUUCUUUAAGCUCAUGCAGGAUUUGGAUAACAAUAGUAUAACUGUUAAACAGAAGUGCAAAAGGAAAAUAGAAGCAGCUGGAGUGAUACAGUCUUAUGCCAAAGAGGCCAAAAGGAUUCUUGAAGGAGAUCAUGGCUCACCUGUUGGAGAAAUUGAUGAUGAAGACAAAGACAAGGAUGAAACUGAAACAGUUAAGCAGACUCAGACAUCUGGGAUGUAUGUCGAUGACGGUCCCAAAAAUGUGAGAUCGGAUGUUUCUGACCAAGAGGAAGAUGAAGAAAGUGAAGAAUGUCCGGUGUCUAUUAACUUGUCCAAAGCUGAAACUCAGGCUUUGACUAAUUAUGGAAGUGGAGAAGAUGAGAAUGACGAUGAAGAAAUAGAAGAAUUUGAAGAGGGACCUGUGGACGUCCAGACUUCACUUCAGGCUAACACCGAAGCUAUAGAAGAGACUGAACACGAUGAUCAGGUACUACAACAGGACUUUGAAAAAUCAGGAGAAAGCAAAACUGUCUCAUCAGAACAAGAACUCACUACUAAUGACCAAGAUAGCACUCCUGUGAAACCCUGUUACCUCAAUAUUUUGGAAAACGAGCAACCUUUAAAUAGCGCUGUCCAGAAGGACUCUCUCACUACCAUUGAUUCAUCUAAAGAGCCUAACCCUCUGCCUUUACCUUUAACUGAAAUUGAAACCUUGGUGCCUACAGUCAAAGAAGUUAAAUCUGCUCAGGAAACUCCUGAGAGCUCUCUGGCUGGAAGUCCUGAUACUGAAUCUCCGGUGUUAGUGAAUGACUAUGAAGCGGAAUCUGGUAACAUAAGUCAAAAAUCUGAUGAAGAAGACUUUGUGAAAGUUGAAGAUUUACCUCUUAAACUGACAAUAUAUUCAGAGGCAGAUCUAAGAAAGAAAAUGGUAGAAGAAGAACAGAAAAACCAUUUAUCUGGUGAAAUACUAUGUGAAAUGCAAGUUGAAGAAUUAGCUGGGAAUUCUCAGACACUAAAGGAACCUGAAACAGUGGGAGCCCAAAGCGUAUGAGAUGUCUUCAGAGGCUCAUGUAACUCGCUUUACAUAGUCAAUGCAUAUAUGAAUAUGGCACUAAAUAAACAUCUGUUUUGAUCUGUAUAAAAAUGUAAAUUAGUUUGACACUGCAUUCUUGAUAGGUGUGCUGAUUUCUGCCCGUGGCAGUUUAAAACAUCAGAAACUGAAUUCUGGACAGAUUGAAGCCUUGAUACACUGUGGGGUUGUUUGUUUUUCUUCUUUCUUUCCUUUUUUUUGUCAUUUUUUUUUUCCUCCCCUUGUGAUGUUUGGUAUCAUUAAAUUUAAGAUGUAGUUUUAAAUAAAGUUUGGACUUACCUGUAAAGUAACUUUUUUGGAAAUUAUGUUGAAUUCUAUGCGGUAAGUCACUGUUCAAUGUGAUUAGGAGAUUUAGAGAAGAGCAAGAGUUAGAGAAAUACAGAAUUUA